UUAGCUUAUUUGUUUUUGUUUAUUGUGCUGUGAAUUUUCAACUCAUCAAUGAAAAUUUACACUGUGCCUUUAUUUGGAAUGUCCCGGCGUGUAACGUUAAAACUUCUUAAGUGAAUGCCUUUUUAAUUAGUCAGAGUUUUUGAACAGAUAUCUUUUUAAAGGAAGAUAAACAUGGAGGCGCUGUUGCCCUCGGAAGUUGCUCGAUUAGUUUAUGGGUACCUUGAAGCUGAAAAAUGCCCGGAGGCUGCUUUGUUGUUCUUACAAACAUCGCAGCAUCUGAAAGAGUGUCACGCUUUCUAUUUGCAAAAUAGAAGAUUCUCUACUAAAGUCAUGGGUCUGACGCUCCUUCAAUGUCUAGAUUAUCUGUGUUCUGUUUAUCGCACCGUACAAAGCCAUCUUUGCACGUUUGAGAAUGACCCACUGGAAAAACUCAGCCUCCCAGAACAACUUGACUACCUAUUAAACUCCAUGAACUUCAAAGCUGGGAACAAUGAUCUGGCAGCAAGAGUUCCAAAUCAG